GCUCAUCCCCCAGUUGCCUCCCACGCUCACCAACUCGCCGAGGUUUAUAUAUAUAUCUUAGCAUCAUGUCUGGUACUCAUCCAUGGAAUAAAGACAUGAGUAGUUAGAGCUUCAAACUGAAGGAAAAGCCAUGGGUGUCUUGACGCUGGUUCAUAUCCUUGUCAGCUUUGCCGCCUGUGCCGAGGCCAUACGGAGAGCCGACUUCCCCCCUGGUUUUACCUUUGGGACUGCUUCCUCGGCUUACCAGUACGAGGGUGCUGUCAAUGAAGGUCAGCGUGGACCUACGAUAUGGGAUACUCUCGCAAGUCGACCUGGGAGGGUGAUAGAUUUCAGCAAUGCAGACGUUGCCGUUGAUCACUACCAUCGCUACAAGGAAGAUGUUGACUUAAUGAAGGAUAUUGGCGUGGAUGCAUACCGGUUCUCUAUCUCAUGGGCACGCAUCUUCCCAAAUGGAACAGGCAAGCCUAAUGAAGAAGGGUUGAGUUACUAUAACAACCUCAUAGAUGUUCUAUUAGAAAAAGGUAUACAACCAUAUGUAACACUAUUCCAUUGGGACCUUCCACAAGCACUGGAGGAUAAAUAUGGUGGCUGGUUAAACUCGCAAAUCGUGGAGGAUUUUGUUCGCUAUGCCUCUACUUGCUUCAAGGAGUUCGGAGAUAGAGUGAAGCACUGGAUCACCAUUAAUGAGCCCCAUAACUUUGCAAUUGACGGCUAUGAUUUCGGCAUCCAAGCACCUGGGAGGUGUUCCAUUAUAUCUCAUUUGUUCUGUAAGGAGGGUACAUCAUCAACUGAACCCUAUAUUGUGGCUCACAACAUACUCUUAGCUCAUGCUGGUGUUUUUCAUGCUUACAAGCAACAUUUCAAGAAAAAGCAAGGAGGCCUCAUAGGGAUCGCACUUGACUCCAAGUGGUAUGAACCAUUGUCGGAUGUCGAUGAAGACAGAGAAGCAGCAGCACGAGCUAUGGACUUUGAGCUUGGAUGGUUCUUGGAUCCGUUAAUGUUUGGCCGCUACCCCGCUUCUAUGCAGAAACUUGUAGGCGACAGGCUACCUCAAUUUUCAAGUCAGGAAUCACAGUUAGUAUCUGGGUCACUAGAUUUUGUAGGCAUAAACCACUACACGACAUUAUAUGCUAGGAACGACAGGAUGCGGGUAAGGAAACUUGUGAUGAACGAUGCUUCAACCGAUGCUGCUGUCAUCUCAACUGCUUACAGGCAUGGAAAGAAAAUAGGAGAAACGGUAUACUUGCAGCUUCAUAUUUUCUCUAAACUUUCGUUGGUCAUCUUAUAUGCAAUCACAUGUUUGAUUGGCAAUACAUGUUUAUGUGUGGACUUUCAGGCAGCGUCGAAUUGGCUGCACAUAGUUCCCUGGGGCAUGUUCAGCCUGAUGAAACAUGUUAAAGAGAAGUAUGGGAAUCCACCCGUGUUCAUCACUGAGAAUGGCAUGGACGACGCAAACAGCCGGUUUUCAAGGUUGGAAAAUGUCCUGCAGGACGAUAAGAGGAUACAGUACCACAACGACUACAUGUCCAACCUCCUAGAUGCUAUAAAGAAGGAAGGGUGCAACAUCCAGGGGUACUUCGUGUGGUCGCUGCUGGACAACUGGGAGUGGAACUCGGGGUACACGGUGCGCUUCGGCCUCUACUACAUCGACUACAACAACAACCUGACGAGGAUACCCAAGGCGUCCGUCGAGUGGUUCACCCAGCUUCUGGCCCGGAACCGGAAGACCGCUGCCGUCAUGUAGAUAACAAACAGUACAGUGGUUCUUCAGUCACCGUUCCAAUUGUGCAUAGUUACCAUAUACACACAUCCGUACAUACCUUAUUAGGAGGCAAAAUUGUAACUGGAGAAUUCCCUACUCGACCGUCAGCAAUGCCCUCGACGUGUCGCGGUUGUGCUUGUAUAGUGUUGUUACAGAGAUCAACAAGAGAACUGUACAUCCCAUCAUUUUUAUUAGUGUAUGCGGAUAACACUAAACAGUGAUUCUUCAGUAA